CGGGCUCCGCCCAACUAGGGAACGGGUGCCGGGCUCUGCCCAGCUAGCUAGGAAAGAUCUUCAGUGGAACCAUAGAUGUAGUGGAACUAACUGUUUUUCAAUAACUAUUAUUGUAAACAGAUCCAGACAGCAGAUUUCUGCAAUGGCAACUGUCUUUGAAAAGUCCAGUUUCUGCCUAAUCACUGGUGCCAGCCAAGGCCUUGGAAGAGAGAUAGCUCUGCAGUUCUCAAACAACUGGGAAAAAUCAGGUAAAAAGAGUGAUGUGGUGCUGAUUGCAAGGAAUAAAGAUGGCCUUGAAGAGACGAAAUCACUCAUCAAGUCAUCAGCACCAGGAGUCAACGUGCACGUCUUCCCAAUUGAUCUGGGUGAUCUGGAUCAACUUCAAUCCCUCUGUCCCACGCUCCUCAAGAUUGGUGACCCCAGUCGCCACGAUCAAUUCAUCAUGGUUCACAACGCAGGCACGAUCGACACUUUUGAUUGCACUCUAGCGCAACUCUCCGAUGGCCACACCACUCGGAAAUUCUUUGACAUCAACUACACAUCCAUGACCGUACUGACGGCUCACUUCCUCUCUAAAUUUCCUCAAAAAGCGUCUCUAAUUAUCCACAUGACCUCUCUACUGGCCACCGUGUAUAUUGCCGGCUUCCCCCUCUACUCUCCAUCCAGAGCGGCUCGAAAUGCGUACAUUGGUGUGCUCGUGGCCGAAAACCCGGACGUGCGAGUAUUGAACUAUAGCCCCGGGCCGUGUGACACUGAAAUGUAUAAGAAAAUACCGGAGGAGAUAAAGAAAGGAUUUAUGGCUGUUUUGACACCAGCGGAGUCGAUCAACAAACUCGUGAAGGUUAUCUGUGAAGAUCAGUAUAAGAACGGUGGUGUUAUGGACUACUUUGAUUGUUAAUAAUUAACUUUGACAUUGCUUUUCAAUAGAUUGUUAUUUGUACAAUCAUGUGUUCAUUCAAAUGGUAUGAAAUGGUACGAUCAAUGUUAAUUUAUUGAGA